UUUGCGCGGCGGGCGAGUGCGGGCGCUGAUUGGGCUUCGGGGCCCCGCGGCGGAGCCAAUCAGCGCGGGGCGCGGACCGGGCAGCGCGGCACGGGCUGAGGCACCAUGGAGCAGUACACAGCCAACAGCAGCAGCUCCACGGAGCAGAUCGUGGUGCAGGCAGGGCAGAUCCAGCAGCAGCAGCAGGGAGGUGUCACAGCUGUCCAGCUGCAGACUGAGGCCCAGGUGGCAUCGGCCUCAGGCCAGCAAGUCCAGACCCUCCAGGUAGUGCAGGGGCAGCCUCUGAUGGUGCAGGUGAGCGGGGGGCAGCUCAUCACCUCCACGGGCCAGCCCAUCAUGGUGCAGGCCGUGCCCGGGGGCCAGGGCCAGACCAUCAUGCAGGUGCCCGUGUCUGGCACACAGGGGCUGCAGCAGAUUCAGUUGGUCCAGCCAGGUCAGAUUCAGAUUCAAGGUGGGCAGGCUGUGCAGGUACAGGGGCAGCAGGGCCAGACCCAGCAGAUCAUUAUACAGCAGCCCCAGACUGCAGUUACUGCUGGCCAGACACAGACCCAGCAGCAGAUUGCAGUGCAAGGCCAGCAGGUUGCCCAGGCUGCUGAGGGCCAGACCAUCGUGUACCAGCCUGUGAAUGCUGAUGGCACCAUCCUGCAGCAAGUUACAGUCCCUGUUACAGGCAUGAUCACCAUUCCUGCAGCCAGCCUGGCUGGAGCCCAGAUUGUCCAGACAGGAGCCAACACCAACACCACCAGCAGUGGUCAGGGGACGGUGACAGUGACACUGCCAGUGGCUGGCAACGUGGUCAAUUCAGGGGGAAUGGUCAUGAUGGUGCCUGGGGCUGGCUCAGUCCCAGCCAUCCAGAGGAUCCCCCUGCCUGGAGCAGAGAUGCUGGAAGAGGAGCCCCUGUACGUCAAUGCCAAGCAGUACCACCGCAUCCUGAAGAGGAGGCAGGCACGGGCCAAGCUGGAAGCAGAGGGAAAAAUCCCCAAAGAGAGAAGGAAAUACCUGCACGAGUCGCGGCACCGGCACGCCAUGGCCAGGAAACGGGGAGAGGGCGGGCGCUUCUUCUCCCCCAAGGAAAAGGACAGCCCUCACAUGCAGGAUCCAUCUCAAAGCAACGAAGAAGCAAUGACACAGAUGAUCAGGGUCUCCUAACCCCUGCUUCCAGGGAAAAACACCUGAAGGGAAUUCCCAUCCCUCCUGCCAGCCUGCCCUGCCUGCCCAGAGUGACCCCUGGAGUGGGACAAUCUCCGUGCCACAGCCUGUCCUUUUCCACACAGCAAGCACCACGUGUUGAGGACGUGCUUGAGGUUCCAACUCUCCCACCAGAACCUUUCAGACCUCCUUGGUGCCCUCUCCUGAUCCAGCACAGGGAAUUCAGAGUCCCAGUGCUCAUCUCUGGUUUUUCCUCAUUUUCCCACCUCAGUCCCCGUGGCUGGUGCAGCUCAGCCCUGUCCAGGGACAGAUCCCAGCUCCUCCAGCAGCACUGAGCAGGGCUGGGCUUGAGAUUUCUUAUUCCAUCCACUCCUCACCCCUCUGGACUGGGUUUUCCCUGAGCUGGGCAUUGCUGUUGCACUUCUGGCCCUGGCAGAAACUGAAGGGGAUUCUUUUCAAUUCCACCCUGUAAAUGUGUAAAGAAGCUCUUCUCUGGGAAAGGUUCAGCCAUCCAAUCAAUGCUAGAAAUAGUCGAGAUUCCUGCAGGACUUGAUGUGUUGUGUCUCUGUUGCAAGUGGGGUGGGAGAGGGAGAUGUGGGGGGGAUCGGGGCAGUGAAUCAGCCUCUGGCUGGGUUUGGAUGUUCAUUGCCAGUCCUUUUGCUUUGGAAGAAAACUGGAUGUGAGUAUAGAAAGGAUUGAAACUUUUCAGUGACUUUCUUCCAAAGGAUUUAUUUUUUUUUUUUUAAUUUUUAUUUUUCUCACCUGCCAGUGAAAUCCAUGGUUCCUCCAAGAGAUGUGGAGCCCUCGGUGUCACAGAGGUGGCACUUGGCCAUGGCUGGGAUGGAGUUUCUGGUGCCUAAAUCAUUUCUACAAUUCCAAGGGAUGAUUCAGGACAGCAGCAGCUGGGGCAGCUCAGCCUGAGCUCCCUGAAGGACUCAGCAGAUACUGAACCUUUCAUGCUUUUUAUCAAUUAAGCUCUUAAAAACCAAACAGAAGUGGCACUUAGCAAAGGAGCAAUACUUACAUUAUUAAAAAAUAGGAUUUUCCCAUGACCUACAGCUGGCUUUGUCUGAGCAUCUCCACAGAACAGAGUUUUAAUUUUGAUUCUAAGCCUGCUCUAUUAUAAUUUGAAUUUUGGUGAUGGGAGCAGUAGUUACAAGCAUUUAACAGGUGAUUUCUCACCAUUGCACUGCUCACCUUGAUGAGUUACACAGCUGCUCUGCUGGAGUCCCGGAAUUUCCAGGUUUUUGUGUCCUGUAGCUCAAACUGGAUCACAGCAGUGAAAUUUGGGGUUGGGAAUGUGCUGGGUGAAUGUGAACCUGGCCAGGUGCAGCUGAAGAGUGAGGAAAAGCUGCCAAGGACGGCUGAGACUGUGUCAAAUCCAGGGAAUGCUGAAUUGAAGUGACA